UGCUUUGGAGACAAAUGAGGGCGGGCGAGGGUGUGGAUCAACAAGUGAGAGAGAAUGAACAGAAGAGAGAGAGGAAGUUUACCUUCCUCUUCCAUCUCUGGAGGAUCUCACACUUCACCUCUUUGGCAAGCUGCUCAAAUAUGAAGGAAAUAUAAAAGAUGCUGAAUCCAUCGAGCAAAGUUCAGAAGAACCUCAAUGAGGAGGACAGUUCUGGAUCUGAUGCGGGGUCAGAGGUCAGCCUUGAACCAGAGACAGACCGGUUUGGUUUUAUUCUGACCAAUGGAUCAACAGCUGGGAGUGUGGGUCCUUCUCCUGGGCUGGUCAGGCAAAGGGAAGCCAAGUGGAUAAACAUUGUGGAAAAUUGGGAACGCACCAUGUUGAGGAAGAGCAGCAAGGUCAAGGUGCAGUGUCGGAAAGGCAUUCCUGCCUCGCUCAGGGCUAAGUGUUGGCCUCUGCUGUGCGGAGCUACUGGCAGAAUGAACCAACAUGUAAAUCUCUACGAGUCUCUGGACUCGCAGCCUGCUCUGCAAAGUUGGGUGGAUAUAAUCGAGAGAGACCUGGACCGUCAGUUUCCUUUUCAUGAGAUGUUCCUCUCCAAGGAUGGACAUGGGCAGCGUGGCUUGUUCCGGGUGUUGAAAGCCUACACUCAGUAUCAGCCAGAGGAGGGUUAUUGCCAGGCACAGGGGCCCGUGGCUGCAGUGCUGCUCAUGAAUAUGCCUGUUGAGGAAGCUUUCUGGUGUUUGGUUCAGAUCAGUGAGCAGUACCUGCCUGGAUACUACAGCCCUCUGCUGGAGGGAGUCCUGUUUGACGCGGCCAUGCUGACCUGGGUUUUGAAGAAGACGUGUCCGGCUGCACAUAAACACCUACAGCAGCACGGAGUGGAGCCCCUCAUGUUUGCCACUGACUGGCUAAUGUGCCUGUUCACGCGUCACUUGCCAUUCAACACACUUCUCCGAGUCUGGGACCUCUUCUUCUGCUAUGGUGUACGGGUGCUACUCCAGGUUGCAGUGGUUCUGGUGCGUCGGGUGCUGGGUCGGGCCGACCAGAGGAAGGAGUGUCAGGGCCAGAUGGAGACACUAGAGAGGCUGAGAGGAAUCAGGGAACAGGUCCAGGAGGAAGAUGAUGCCUUUAUAGCUGAGGUGUGUUCAGUGCCUCUCUCAACCAAGGACCUGGAGAAGCGCACAGAGAAGGAGUUAGUAAAGUGGAAAGAGAAUAGACCCUCAUCCACCUUUGACCCCCGAGGUCGCUGCCAUGGGUACCGGAUGGCGUGGCUCAAAGCUCAACAGAACAGUGAAGAACAGGAGAGGAAGGAGAGAGAAAAAGGCAACCUGUCUGUUCCUCUUGCUCGUUCUGCCUCCACCCUUUCACUGUCACCUUCCCUCCUUCACAGGAAGUGGAGGAAAGGAGGAAAGGGAAACACUGGUGACUGGGAAGGAGGCAGCAAAGUUGUGAGACAUCUUUCAAUGGGUGCAAAGGAUGACUGGAAAAGCUGGACUAAUUUAGACAUUAAGAAUGUGCAGGGCAUCCAGGAGGAGGAUGUGGUCUCAGAAGGACUCAAGCCCAAGAGUGAGGUGAAACUAGCAGAAGAAACUGAACAGAAGGAACUUUUAGAGAAACCCCGAAUCCCAAACACAUUAACAGAGCUUACAGAGGAAACAGCAGUAUUAGAACAGACAGAACAAAUGGAAAUGGAAGUAAGAAUAUCUGAAAUAUCUGAAAAGGAGGAAAUCCAACUUGAAGAGACAGAUAGCAAAAUGCUUUCAGAGCAGAUAGAGGAAACAAAUUCAUGUCCAACCAAAGUCCAGACUGUUGAAAAUAUUCUCCAGCCCACAGAACUUACAUCCUCCUGUGAGCGGGGAGAAGUGCUGGACAAGGCGAACCUAUCAGAAGUCCUGGAGAAAGAAAGUCAAAAGAGCAGCGACCAAGAAAAGGAGUUUAAAAAUACAAAUGAAGAGACAGAUAAACCUGCAGCAGAUGAUGAACAUACAACUGAUGCAGAGGCCAACCACACUAAUGCACAAACAGAUGCAGCAGCAGAGGUAAGCACAGAGGAGGAGAUGCAAAUACAUACCGACUCAAGGGAGGAGCAGGUGGUGCAAGCUGACAUGAAACCUGUGGAAGCAACAGAAACUGAAAAUGUGCAACAGAUGCAGGAGGACACAUUAACAGAAGCUUCAGAGACAAAAAAUGAGACAAGUCUGGACUUUGAGACUGACAGAGAUGUCAAAGACCAAAAUCUUGCCACAGACACACAACAGGAGCUGAAAGACUUAAUCACAGAGACAGAGGAAGAUCCAAUUGAGGUUAAAUACCACAACAAGGAAACAUUAGUAGAAACAGAACAGAAAGCAGAGCCAGAAGAGCACCACACCCAAACAAAGGCAGAAACUUAUGCACUGUCAGAGACACAACAGAAAGCAGAUAAAAAUGUAGCUGUGCAGGAUGAUGCCAAUGCUGAAAUAACACAGUCAGACUCAGAAAAACACACAAAUUCAGAUACAGAAGCAAUUAUAGAAGAAGAGAAAUUAACACAGUCUUCAUCUGAAUGCAUCCAACAAAAACAGGACACUGAUCUAACAGCUGAAGCACAGACUGAGGCUCAAGUAGCAGCUGCACAAGACACAACGAAUGAGUCUGCUGGAGCAACAGAAGCUGAACCAGUGCAAGAAAAUGAAAAUAAAUUACACACAGAGUUGCAGAAUGAGACGUGUGGCUGUGAUCGAACAAACACAGAAAAAACCCAAAUACAAACAAGUGAAGAGAGUGCAGAAUUUGUAGAAAAAGCAGAUGCUUCAACAGUGGAAGAAGCAUCUGAACAAAUAACAAGCCAAGUCACUGCAAAUGCUGAGGAGGAGGCAGAAAAAACAGGAAAUGUUCAAGAAAACAGUAAGGAUGAUGUGUUUACUUCUACUGAACCAACAGAUGAUCACCGUAUUGACGACAGCACACAAGUUCAAAUCAAAGACUCUCCAUUUACUGAAGGAAAUUCUAAAGCUGACAACUGCAGCCUGGAACAAACCUCUGGGCUUUGCAGCAGCCGGUCUUCUGGAGAUUUCCGCAUGCGCAAGUCGUCCAGCUCACGUGGCUCCAGGUCAACGCGUAGGCUUUCUGAAGAUCUCUUCACUGUCCCACAGAAAACUACUCAAUCACAGUUCAGCCCUGAUCCCCCACAGUCCCAGCCUGAAUCAGUGAACACAGUGAAAACAGCUCCUGUGGAAGCAGAAGAGGAAGCUGUGGUGCAGCAGGAGCAGCAUCCCGAAAGCCAUAAACGUUUUGGUCUCUUCCGCAAACUGAGAGGAGAGCAGCCCAAAAACACCAAGGCAAAAGGGACAUCUAAAAUUCAAGUACCGAAAAUCUUGAUUCAAGACUUCAGCGAUGGGACGGGGACAGGCAAACCGGUUGUAGAAGAAGUGGAGGAGAAACUGAGCUCCAGGGAGAGGAGGAGGCGGAGGAGGGAGCGUGAAAGAAGGGAAAAAGAGGAGGAAAGGCUGAAAAAGAAGAAAGAGAAGGAGCUGGAGAAGGAGAGGAAGAAACCACAGACGAGAGGCAAGAGUUUUCAAGUACAGAAAGAGAAGGCUAGCGAUGUUGCUCAUCCUGCAAAGACUGGUUCACAGACACGCAGACAUUCUGCCUCUUUUACAGACUCUUACUUUUGAUAAAUGUGAUUUCAGAUCACACAUCGCUGCCCUUUCUGUUGAGACACUUGUUUGAGCUUCAAAUGGGUUGAUACUGAAACAUUUCAACAUGUAAAUAAAUAAUAAAUGAUGUUUACA